AGUAGAUCUGAUUACACCCCAAAUGAUGAAUUUACGAUACGCGAGUCGUUCUGUUCCUUCAGUGAGCUUCGACAAAUCAAUCAAUGGCGAAAUCAACAACGCUUCUUAGCCCGCCGCAGUUCUUCCACACUCUUCUUCCUGGCUUUCAAACUCACCUCACGAUUCCCUCAGACUUCUUCUCGAAUUAUAUCAAGGACUUGGAGACGACCACGGCGGAGCUCAAAUCGGACUCCUCCCUCGACAUAACCUGGAAAGUCAAACUGACUGGUCGGAUACUUAAUGAUGGCUGGGGAGACUUCGCCGUCGCUAACAAUCUUCACAUCGGCAACGUCGUCCUUGUCCGAUACGAAGGAGGUAUUGUCUUCCAUGUUUCUGAUCUAGGACCCAGUUUCUCUCUGAUCCAACACAUUAAUCCUCCACGACAAAACAUUGAUGCUGUUACAAGAAACUGUUCUGAAGCUCAUUCAAGAGAAGACACGUCAUUAAUAAAGAAGAAGCUUAAGCCACCUGUGUCAUAUUCAUCAUAUUCACCAUGUCAUAAGCGAUUCGUAACGUUUACGCUCCCGCCUGAAUAUGCCACACUUUGUAGAUUGACUCUUCCAAAUCCAUUCGUCAAGGAGAAUGGCAUCAGCAAGCCUGCGGAGAUAUGUGUGUUGGGUAAAGAUGGUACAAAGUGGCCGAUCACCCUUCUACUUGACAAGAAAGGAAUAAUGAGUUUCGGAAAGGGUUGGAAAGAAUUUGUCAAAGCAAAUGGGCUAGAGACAGGAUUCACGCUCAAGUUGAUGUGGGAAGACACUACUCCUUCCUUUAGUUUAUGCUGUCCAGAAUCGGCGAGUGACAAAGAUGAAGAAGAGUGUUUAGAAUCUAUCAAGAAACAGUCUCUUUCAAUAGAUAGGAGAAUUAGAGACAAGCCCGGCAAAGAUGAGAAUAUCAAAGAGGAGAAAAGGUCGUGGGAGAGGCAAAAGAUUCAUCUGCGAGGGAGAGAUGUUGGUGAUUUUGAGGAGGUUCCUAUAAACAAGAAAGUAAAGACGGACAGUCAUGGAACAGAAGCGACUUCUUCUUCAUUAGACAACUCAUGUUUUGUGGCCUUUGUCACGGAUUCGAGUCUAGACUCUGAUACACUGUAUCUUCCACGAUAUUUUACAAGCUCAAAUGGUCUUACAAGAAAAUGCCGCAAGAUUGUUUUAAUUGAUGGUGGGGGAAGAUCAUGGGCAAUGGAUCUGGGCUUCAACGAAUCUUCUGAUAUUUUCUACAUAAGCCCGGGUUGGAGAAGUUUCUGUGACAAAAACGGUCUACAAGCAGGAGGCUUCUUUACGUUUAAACUAGUGGCAAACGAGGAAACUCCUGUGCUCAGUUUCUGCCCUAUGGAAUCCAUCGAUAGUAGAAGCCAAAAAGAUUGUUUUGAAGCUCAUUCCACAGAAGUUAGCAAUGAGGAAGAAGACAUAGAAAGGGAGAGAAAUGAAGAAGAGACAUUAAUGGAUAUAGAAGAAAAGAAGAGUAAACCGGAGCAAAGACCUGUGUCAUAUUCAUCAUAUUCACCAUGUUAUAAGCGAUUCAUAACAUUUACGCUCCCACCUUAUUAUGCCACACUGGAUAAAUUGACUCUUCCAAAGCUAUUCGUGAAGGAGAAUGGAAUCAACAAGCCUGGGGAGAUAUAUCUGUUGGGUAAAGAUGGUACAAAGUGGCUGACACGACUUCUACUGGACAAGAAAGGACUGAUGAGACUGGGAAAGGGUUGGAAAGAUUUUGUCAAAGCAAAUGGGGUAGAGUCUGGAUUCACGCUCAAGUUGAUAUGGGAAGACACAACUCCUUCCUUUAGUUUAUGCUGUGCAGAAUCUACGGGUGACAAAGACGAAGAAGAGUAUUUAGAAGCUAUCAAGAAACAGUCUCUUUCUAUAGAUCGGAGAAUCAGAGAUAAGAUUAGUAAAGAUGAGAAUGACAAAGAGGAGAAAAUGUCAUGGGAAAGAGAAAAGAUUAAUAUCAGAGGGAGAGAUUCAACUACAUCGAGCCAAAAGCAAUUCCUGACAUUAGCAAUCACCCCUACCAGUCUCCGAUGUAAUAGAAUGCGUCUUCCAAUACCAUUCUUGAGGAAGAGUUGCAUGGACAAGCCUGGAAUGAUAUAUCUGUUGGGAAAAGAUGAUACAAAGUGGAUGGCAAAUCUUAUACAGGAAGGAGACGGAAGAAUGAAGUUGGGAAAAGGCUGGACAGCUUUUGCUAAAGAAAACGAGUUUAAGGCAGGAGAAUCCGUUACAUUGGAGUCAAUCUGGGAAGAUGAGACUCCUAUGAUCAGGUUUCUCCGUACGGAGUCUGAGAGUUCAAAAGCUAACAAGAAAGAGUCCAUUUACAUGGAAGACACAGAAUCAAGAACGAGAGAUUCAUCUACAGAAAUCCAUGCCCGGUUCGUGACGUUAACACUAAAACAUGAAGAUGUCAAAGCCUGUAUGCUGAUUCUUCCUAGUCAGUUCUUGAAGGCUAAUGGCAUCAACAAACUUGGGAAGAUAACUCUUUUGGAUGAAAAUGAAGUAGAAUUGUCGGCAUAUCUACUGUCAAGAGAAGGAAUUGUUGCUGUGGAAAGUGGUUGGGGUGAGUUUUGUGAAGCUAAUGGCGUCAAGUUAGGAGAAUCUUUCACUUUGGAGUGCAUUAAAGAGCAAGACGAAACAGCUCCUGUACUUAAAGUUAUGUUCUCAGGAGGCUAAUAAAUAAAAACAGGAUGUAAAUUGAAGAUCCCUUAGUUGAUUUGAACCAACCAAAAAGAAGAAGCUCGACGAAUGGUGAUAGUAGUCUUCAAGCCUCUUCUUCCUGGCUUCCACGGCCACUUGAAAAACUGAUCCAAAGGGGAAAAACUCCGAUUCGUCGUUUGUCCUCCAGAGAGUCAGAGUCAGAAGAAGAGAUCAACUUCGUUGAGUUGUGUUCUGUCUCUCUCUAACUCGACUCAGACAUAUAAGAAGACUGUUACAACUUCGGUGAGUUGGAUCUUUGUAUAACUCGCUCAGAGCUGCCUCAGUCUUCGUCAACAAAAAUGGUACAAUCUGUAAUGGAAAAGCAUACAUUGUCCAUGCCAGACUGGUCUCUGCUACCGGAGGAGCUACUACACAUGAUCUGCGAGAUGCUUGUGCGGAUCCGCCCUUCCCUUUCCUUCUUGCCUAUUACCCCGAGAGUCAGAGGAUAACAUGGCGCUUCCAUAUCCUUUUCAGUGCUCAGUGAAAGUGGAGUUGAUUUUAUUGUAUUGAAUUUUCAGAAUCUUCCAAAGAGUUUUGUGAGGGAAAAUGGUCCAGAGACAAGAUGUGGAGAUAUUGUUCUGAUGAAUGAAAAAGGUAGAUCAUGGAUUCAGCUUUAAAACAAAGACAAUGUGGAAAAAGUUACAUCACACGAGGGUGGAGAAGUUUCUGUAGUGCCAAUGGACUCAAGGCUGGAGAUAUCUUCACUUUCAAACUCAUCAAAAGAGGAGGAACACUGCUUCUACGUAAGUCUCCCUCCCACAGAGAAUCCAAAGAAGAUGAGGGCUCAGAAGCUGAAGAAAUAGAGUCUCUUUCCACAGAAUCUGACAGCGAUGAAGAGAGCAACCAAGAUGAGAAAAGACUCAAGAGGCGUAUAUUUAUUAUAAGUUUUCGGAUUUAUCAUUUAAAAAACUAAAUAAUUCUUAGUUUAUACAUAAUUUACAUAUACUAGAAUAAUAAAAUAUUAUAUAUGUUUUUUUAUCGGUAUAGUCUUAAAUAAAUAAACUUCAAAAUCA